AUGUUUUUUGUUUAUGGAUUUGGUGGAACUGGGAAAACCUUUCUCUGGAAGUUACUUUCUGCAGCUAUUAGAUGUAGAGGAGAUAUUUUUCUAAACGUUGCAUCAAGUGGCAUUGCUUCUUUAUUACUACCUGGUGGUAGGACUGCUCAUUCAAGGUUUGGUAUUUCAUUAAAUCCAGACGAGUUUUCAUCGUGCACUAUGGAGCCUGGAACUGAUCAAGCUAAUUUGGUCAAAGAAUCAUCACUUAUUAUAUGGGACGAAGCGCCGAUGAUGGGCAAACAUUGUUUUGAAGCUUUGGAUAUGAGCUUAUCUGAUAUAGUUGGGAAGCAUGUAAACCAGCCUUUUGGUGGAAAGGUUAUUGUCUUUGGGGGUGACUUUAGGCAGGUUCUUCCUGUUAUAAAUGGAGCUGGUAGGGCUGAGAUCGUCUUAGCUUCUCUGAAUUCGUCAUAUCUUUGGGAGCACUGCAAAGUGCUGAAGCUCACCAAGAACAUGCGUUUGUUAUCAGAUGGUUUGUCACCAGAAGAGGCUGCGGAUCUUAGAGAUUUUUCGGAUUGGAUAUUAAAAAUUGGGGAUGGCAAACUUGCAGAGCCUAAUGAUGGUGAAGCGGAGAUCGAUAUUCCACCAUAA